AUGGACCAAAAUCGCAAUGCCUUUCAUCCAAACUUCUCUCGAGCUGGGAUUACGAUUGCAAUACCUUCUUUGAAAGUAAGGAAGAAUAUCUUUCAUAUACCCCCCGAAGCUGCCAAACCGGAGGCUACUUCCUCAGUGAAUGUAAUUAACGAGGCCUCUCCAGUGCCCGUUGAUGAACAACCUUUGAAGGCUGACAUGUCCGGGGACGAGGAAAUGGAGGCCCCUCCAGCUGCUGAAACUCAUUACGGUGAUUUGCCAGAGUAUCUUCAAGAAGCUGAAGAGGAGACUGAAGCUGAGAACGCGGCUGACGUUGGCAGCGGGGCUGAUGUGGAAAACGAUGUUGAAGUUGAGAUUGAAGGUGACAGCGUGGAGUAUGUUUCGGCUAUUGAUGAAUCUGAACCUGCCGAAGCUGAAGAUGCAGUAGUUGAAGAGGCAUCUGUGGAAGCAGCUGAAGAACCUUUGCCUCCAGCUGAACCGGAGGUCAAAAAGGCUAUAGCCGAGUAG